AUGACCGCCUCCCUCCGCAAGACACCUAACAGAAUCAAGCCCAAGACUGCCAAAAGGAAUGGUUCUCAGCUCCAGGUCCAGCUCAAAGCUCAGCUCGCCGAACUCGAGUCCCAGAUCUUGCCCAAAAUUGACCUCCGGAAGCUCAAAGACAAGGUCCUACUCUGGACUUGCAGUGCUCUAAAACUGCAGAUCUUCGAGGGUGAGCUGAUCAACCCUAGCACACCUUAA